CUGAAAGCCUGUUCGUCAGAGCAGCAGCUCUAACAGCGAGCACGCCUCCUCCUGUCGUGGCCAAUAUAAAAAGCUGCUCUGCUCCGACUUUCUGAGACUGAACCCAUUUUUUUUUUUUCUCAGGCUGACGAAGAAGUGAUUAUGCCCACUCAGUGCAAUCGACCAUACUUUCUGUGUACAUGUUUUCGCGUAUAGAUGCAUCAUGGAUUUCAACUUCACGCUCUCGGGGCGCGACUUGGCCGGCUUGGGUGCGAGACUCUUUGGGAAUAACUCGCUGUUUCCGUUUGCAAACAACACCACCGAUUCCAAAACGGACGAGGAAGACUUGGAAGUCAACACGGACGUUUACUCCAAAGUGAUAGUCACUGUCAUCUACGCUGCGCUGUUCGCCGUGGGCACCCUGGGGAACUCCAUCACCCUGUACACCCUGCUGACCAAAAAGACCCUGCAGAACCUCCAGAGCACGGUGCAUUACCACCUGGCCAGCCUCGCCGUCUCCGACCUGCUCAUCCUCGUCCUCUCCAUGCCCAUCGAGCUCUACAACUUCAUCUGGAUCCACCACCCGUGGGUGUUCGGGGACGCCGUGUGCAGGGGUUACUACUUCCUCCGGGAUAGCUGCUCGUACGCCACGGCGCUCAACAUCACCAGUCUGAGCGUGGAGCGCUACAUGGCCAUCUGCCACCCGUUCAAAGCCAAGAGCAUCAUGUCCCGCAGCCGCACCAAGAAGCUCAUCAGCGCCAUGUGGCUCGCGUCCUUCGCGCUCGCCAUGCCGAUGCCCUUCGUCAUGGGCCAGGUGAUGCGUAGAGGCGAGAAGAUAUGCACCGCGAUCGUCUCUCCUGUCACCAUUAAGACCGUGCUGCAGGUAAACGCCUUUCUGUCCUUUGUGAUACCCAUGGUGGCCAUAUCGGCACUGAACGGGGUCAUAGCCAAUCAGCUGUUGCGAAUGUUCCGUGAGGCAGAGCAAGAAAACCGUGUCUGCAUCAUUGGGGGAAAUCCCACCAUGCUGAACGCCACCACGGAGCCCAACCGUGCUCGCUCGCUUCGCCAUGGAGUUCUUGUUCUCCGAGCGGUGGUCAUAGCCUUCGUGGUCUGCUGGCUGCCCUAUCACGCUCGGCGCCUCAUGUUUUGCUACGUCUCUGACUGGUCCGAUGACUUGUAUGACUUCUACCACUAUUUCUACAUGCUGACCAACGCCCUGUUUUACGUCAGUUCGGCCAUCAAUCCAAUCCUCUACAACCUGGUGUCAGCCACCUACCGCCAGAUCUUCUUCUCCACGCUGCGCUACUUCUGCAUGCCCUGCCGCCAUACACCUAGGAGGCGCCCCCACCCUCUAACCCGCCGCUCCAUCAGCAUCUCCAGCAACCACACCCUCUCCACCAACAUCAUCAAAGAGACGGCGUACUGAUUGGGCUGCAAAGGAAUACACUUUCUCAUGCUAUAAACCCACCUGCUGCCACUUUGUGAUUACUGGUCCAACUUACUUCAUCGAGGACAUUCUGGAACUGGUUUAGAGAGAUAACUGGGGUUGUUGUGUCAUGUGGGGCCAGAUGCACAUUUUAUAUGUAAAUGUUUUAUACUGUGUAUUUCUAUACAUGCUUUUAUUGGACAGUGUAAACUACUGUUUCAGUGUUUUUAAGAUUCAACUUCUAAACCUCUUGGAAGUACUUUCUCUAGAAACAUGGCCAUUGGCAAUACUUUCACCA